UUCAGAAAUAAAACUCGAAUCAGAACGUUGUGUUAAAAAGUUUUUUCUAAAAAUGCAGCAUUUCAAAAAAUAUUUAUUCGCUAUUGGAUUAAUCUUCAAUGUUAUCCAUUAUAUCGAUGCAAAUAAUGACUCAACCAUUGAUAUAGCACCCGAACCGGUUCUAACCGGGUUUGCUUGCUUUGCAACAACUUGUCCUUCUGAUGGAAAGCCUGUGUGGUCAACUGAUGGCGUAGAAUGUUAUGUGGACACAAAUCUAUGCAAUCAGUCGAUACGUCAGUGCUUACGCAAAAUUAAUAAUGAACGUGAACUUACGCCAACAUCGAAAGAGAGUUGUCAAGAACGAUGCACACGGGCUUGCGCACGUCUAUAUGAGCCAAUUUGUGCUAAACGCAAUGGUGUUGAACGAACUUUUCCCAAUGAAUGUGUAUUGGAAAAUCAUAUUUGCAGGACUGGAGAAUUUUACUUCGAUCGUACACCAGGAAAGUGCGUCAAGACUGAAGUGAAAACACAAUAAUAUACAUUAUUAUAGAUAAUUAAAAUAAAUUUAAAAAAUUAAAUAAUAAUUAAAUAAUUAAUAUUCAAAGUUUUGGAAAAAUUCUGUACCGGAAUAUUUAUAAAAUUACUCUAUUAAAAGUUGUCAAUAUU